AUGAAGGUGGAGGGGUUACAGGAGGAUGGGGAGUCGGGUUCAACGGCGCCAGCAGACCGUGGUUCUGGUGGGACGGUCUGCGGCCUCGGAUCUGCAGAGCUCUGUAUGUCGCGGCUGCUGAGCGCCGUGGAGAGCGAGCUGCAGGCCGGCCGCGAAAAGGGCGACCCCACGGAGAGGGAGCUGAAGGUGGCGCUGGAGGACGCCGAUCUGUGGAGGAAGUUCCAACACAUCACCAACGAGAUGAUCGUCACCAAGAACGGACGCCGGAUGUUUCCGGUCCUGAAGGUGAGCGUCUCCGGUCUGGACCCCAGCUCCAUGUACUCCUUCUUGCUCGACUUUGUGCCGGCCGACAGCUGCCGGUGGAAGUUCGUGAACGGGGAGUGGGUGGCGGCCGGCCGAGCGGAGGGCCGCAGCGAGGGGCGGGGCCACGGCGGUAUCUACAUCCACCCCGACUCUCCGAACUUCGGGGCCCACUGGAUGAAGGCCCCCGUGAGCUUCAAUAAAGUCAAGCUGACCAACAAAGUUAAUGGAGGAGGACAGAUUAUGCUGAACUCUCUCCAUAAAUACGAGCCUCAGCUGCACAUCGUCUGCGUCGGCUCUCGUCAUCGUUUGGUCUCCAACGUUUCCUUCAAAGAAACUCAGUUCAUCGCUGUCACCGCCUACCAGAACGAAGAGAUUACAGCUCUGAAGAUUAAGUACAACCCAUUUGCUAAAGCCUUCCUGGAUGCUAAAGAGAGAAAUCCAGCAGCUCGGAGUUUACCGGAGUCUCCGGAGAACCGGGUGGCCCUUCAGCCCUGCUGGUCGCUGUGCUCAGCAGGAGGGGGUGGAGCCUUUUCGUACACCGGAAGUCUCCCCCUGGCAUCACAUCAUCACCACCAUGGUUACAAGCAUCACGGUUACCCGGGGCGACACACGCCUUAUCCCACUGCCUACCUGCCACACCGUUCGCACUCCUCAGCACCGUGUCUGUCUGAAGGAGUUCAGGUAUUAGCUGAGGGUUGGAGUAGCUCCUCCCCACGUCCUGCCUCCUCUUCCUCCUCUUCACCUUCGCCCGCCUCCCUGACCCUGACCAGCACUGCUCCUUCAUCACAUCUGCCUCCUCCUCCUCCUCACAGCUCCAGUCAGUACCCCUGCCUCUGGACGGUAGGCUGCUCUGAACUAAGCCCCGCCCACUCACCGUGUUCUACUCUCCAUGGACCAAUCAGCAACGAGAGCCUCAUGCAGCCACCUGGUCACGGUAGAGUGGGUGGGGCUCCAUGGCCACCUGGCCACACCCACUCUUUCUGA